UCCAUUUCCUCCGGCAGGCCGGGCCUGGGGGGAGCCUGCGCCGAACCCCUCCCUGCGCAGGGGCCGGGCUUGCGCCGCUUCCUGCAGGAGCUGCGCCGUGGGAGCGGCGGGACCCCGGAGAGCCCGGCCCGGCCCCACGCUGGCCCAGAAGGCCCUGCCCGCCUCGCCGCUGAGGAUGUCCCGGAAGGCGCCGCGGACCGAGGUGUGCGCGGACUGCAGCGCCCCAGACCCUGGCUGGGCCUCCAUUAACCGCGGCGUGCUGAUCUGCGACGAAUGCUGCAGCAUCCACCGCAGCCUGGGCCGGCACAUCUCCAUCGUCAAGCACCUGCGCCACAGCCCCUGGCCCUCCCCGCUGCUGCAGAUGGUGCACACUCUGGCCAGCAACGGUGCCAACUCCAUCUGGGAGCACUCGCUGCUGGACCCGGCGCAGGUGCAGAGCGGGCGCCGCAAGGCCAAUCCUCAGGACAAAGUGCACCCCACCAAGUCCGAGUUCAUCCGGGCCAAGUACCAGAUGCUGGCCUUCGUGCACAAGCUGCCCUGCCGUGAUGACGACGGCGUCACGGCCAAGGACCUCAGCAAGCAACUGCACUCGAGUGUGCGGACGGGGAACCUGGAGACCUGCCUGCGCCUGCUCUCACUGGGCGCCCAGCCCAGCUUCUUCCACCCGGAGAAGGGCACCACCCCACUGCACGUUGCUGCCAAGGCUGGACAGAUCCUGCAGGCUGAGCUGCUGGUGGUGUACGGUGCCGACCCUGGGGCACCCGAUGUGAACGGCAGGACCCCCAUCGACUACGCCCGGCAGGCAGCCCAGCACGAGCUCGCGGACCGGCUGGUGGAGUGUCAGUACGAGCUGACGGACCGGCUUGCUUUCUACCUGUGCGGCCGCAAGCCGGACCACAAGAAUGGGCACUACAUCAUCCCGCAGAUGGCAGACAGGGCGCGCCCCAAGGGCACGGCGCAGAGCCUGGACCUGUCUGAGCUGGCGAAAGUGGCGAAGAAGAAGUUACAGGCGCUCAGCAACCGCCUCUUCGAGGAGCUGGCCAUGGACGUGUAUGACGAGGUGGACCGCAGGGAGAACGACGCUGUCUGGCUCACGACGCAGAAUCACAGCACGCUGGUGACAGAGCGCAGCGCUGUGCCCUUCCUGCCCGUCAACCCCGAGUACUCCGCCACGCGCAACCAGGGGCGGCAGAAGCUUGCCCGGUUCAAUGCCAGGGAGUUUGCCACCCUCAUCAUCGACAUCCUCAGCGAGGCCAAGCGACGGCAGCAGGGCAAGAGCCUGGUGAGCCCCACAGACGCCGUCGACUACCCGGUGCGGAGCCAGAGUGACCCAGACGACCAGCACGACUACGACAGUGUUGCCUCUGACGAGGACACGGACCAGGAGCCGCUGCGCAGUGCUGCCCGCAACAACCGUGCCCGGAGCAUGGACUCCUCGGACCUGUCGGACGGGCCCCUCACGCUGCAGGAGUACCUGGAGGUGAAGAAGGCGCUGGCAGCCUCUGAGGCCAAGGUGCAGCAGCUGAUGAAGGUGAACAGCAGCCUGAGCGACGAGCUGCACCGGCUGCAGCGUGAGAUCCACAAGCUGCAGGCGGAGAACUCCCAGAUGCGGCAGCAGCCGGGCCCCGGGCAUGCAGUGCCGGCCCCCAGUGAGCGCUCGGAGCAUGGGCAUGGCGUGGCCACGGCAGCAGCUCACCGGCGCGACCGACAGGCCUUCUCCAUGUACGAGCCGGGCUCUGUUCUCAAGCCCUUCGGACAGCCCGUGGACGAGCUGGUCGGCCGCCUGCAGCCCUUCCACUCCAGCGAGGUGGAGGAUGAAGCUGUGUACUCCACGCACAUCCCGGCCAGCGUGUACCGGAUCCGGAAGGGGGUGUCUGCCUCCUCGGUGCCCUUCCCCCCCUCCUCCCCGCUGCUCUCUGGCACGCAGGACGGCGCCCGCCACAUGACCAGCAAGCUAGACCGGCACGGCAGUGGGACUGACAGCGACUAUGACAACACGCAGGCUGGCGAGGCGCUGCUCAGCAUGGACGGGAAGCGGUUCCUGGACCUGGGGAAGGACGACGAGUUCCACCACGAACUGGAGGCCCUGGACGGGGAGCUGGACCCCGGGCUGCCCAGCACCGAGGACGUGAUCCUGAAGACCGAGCAGGUCACCAAGAACAUCCAGGAGCUGCUGCGGGCUGCCCAGGAGUUCAAGCAUGACAGCUUCGUACCCUGCUCCGAGAAGAUCCACUCCGCCGUCACCGAGAUGGCCUCGCUCUUCCCCAAGAAGCCAGCCCUGGAGACAGUGCGCGGCUCCCUGCGGCUGCUCAAUGCCAGCGCCUACCGGCUGCAGAGCGAGUGCCGCAAGACCAUCCCGCCGGAGCCUGGCGCGCCCGUGGACUACCAGCUCCUGACGCAGCAGGUCAUCCAGUGCGCCUACGACAUCGCCAAGGCCGCCAAGCAGCUGGUCACCAUCACCACCCGCGAGAAGAAGCUGUGAGGUCUGGUCCCCCCCCCGGCGGGCGGCUCCCCUGGCUAGGACGUGGGGCCGGGGACCAGCCAGCGCAAGUGUCCUUAGUCUGCCCACGGGACCUGAGCACGUGCCAUUCCUGGCCCCCCGUGCUGCCAGCGUGGGGCAGAGCGUGGCUCUGGCUGUGCCCCCUCCCCCCACGCUGCCAGUGUCCCCGCGUGGGGCAGAGCACGGCUCCGGCUGUGCCCCCUCCCCCCACGCUGCCAGUGUCCCCGCGUGGGGCAGAGCACGGCUCCGGCUGUGCCCCUGCCCCAGCCCCUCCCCCACGCAGCAGCGCCGCCCUGUGGCCACUCCCAGACGGUCAGUGGUUCUGUCCCCAGCCGUGGCGCGUGGCUGCGUGUGCCCCUGUACAUAGCCCCUCGUUCCGUUCUCCCGGCCCAACCCGCCACCAGCCAAGGAACCACUAACUGGGCAGCAGGGUGCUGCCCGGGAGCCUCUCCCCGACCUCCCCUGUACAGUGUGUGUAGCUGUUUGUGCUGGGCAGAGGAGCCGCACCCCUUGCGCCCUCAGCCCUGUUCCGUGGAGGGCACUGCCUGCAGCAUUACACUGGAACCGGAGCCUGCCAUGGCUGGCGCCCGGCAUGUUCUCCUGCGCGUGUGAGCCUCAGACCCCCAGCCUGCUAGCCACCACCUCUCCCCCUGCACGGCUGCUCCGGGGCAGGCCCCUCGCCUCAUGCCCCCUGGGCCCUCCCCCACUGCCCCAGGAUUUCUCUCUACAGCCAAAGUCCCAGUGCCAUGGGAGCGGGCACCCGAGGCGGGCAUGGUUGCCUCCUAUCCCCUACAGGAGCUGGGUGCCUGGGGAAGGGGCGGAGGAGAGUCCAGGCUGGCUGGAGCCUGUAUGGCCAGGUGUGUACUGUACAUUUGGAUCAAAUAAAGAUGUGACUGUG